AUGGUGUUUGCCGUCUCUACCACUGCCACCGAGAUUGAUGCGCCUAAGGUCCUGACGGUGCGAGAAGCCUACCAGCCCCCAUCGGCAGCCACUAGCAAUGGACGCGUGGUGCCUAUCAAACACGAGAACAAUGUAGAUUUUGGAGCCGAGAUCUACGGCAUCGAUCUCAACAACUUCACCUCGGCCGAUUUUGCUCUCAUUUCUGAUGCCCUCCAUCACCAUAAGCUGCUUGUUUUCAAGGAACAGCCGCAAAUGUUAACACCACAACAACAAUAUCGCCUGACUGCAUGCUUUGACCCCGACGAAAAGACAGGAGGUUUCGCUCACGGUGCCGACCCUGUACUUCUCUCCGAGAAUGGUGUGACCAUAUAUGGCUUGCCCAAUCGACCGGCCAUCAAUGCUCAACCUCAGGUGCAUAUUCUGGGCCGUGGCGAAGUUCCUCAAGACCAUUUCGAUUUCCCUCCAGGAUUCAAAGUAAAGGGCAUCGACCAUGUCGACUUCCACUUGCCACCACACAUCCCUCGAGAGGAAAGAGAUGCAGGCGCGAGUCGCUUUUAUCAGUGGCACUGGGAUGGUUCCUUGUACAAGAUCCCUCCACCGCGGGUAGGUUGCCUGCUGGCCGUGCGAACGCCGAAGGGCCCCGAUGUUACCGUUCACUGGGGCGAUGGUACCGGAAGAACAAUGAAUAUUGCACCCGGCGCAACUGCGAUGGUAGCCGGAUCGCGAGCACUGCAGCUCCUAAGCCCAGAGCUGCGUGAAAUAGUUUUGCACAGUCGUAUAGAGUACGCGCCGCACGCAUUCCAGUGGAUGUCCACUGCCCGCAGCACCAGACUUGGUCAUCUUAUCGAAACGGAGGGUCGCGAGAUGCCACUUAAUAAGCUGUCGCCUUGGACAGAGGAGAAUAUUUGCAUUUAUCCCAUGGUCUGGACUAAUCCGAUCACGGGGGAGAAGUCUCUCCAGGUUCAUGGCCAGGGAGCUUUCAAGUUGUAUCUUAAGAACAAGGCAGACGGGGAAGAGACAGUAAUCACUGAUCUAAAGGAGGUCCGCGCUUUUAUGGACAAGAUCAUGAGCCCAGUCUUAUCGCCGGAGAAUAUUUAUGCGCAUCCCCACCAGGAGCAAGAUGUUAUUCUCUGGUACAACCGAGCAUUGUGGCAUAGUAUCACCGAGUUUCCUGAGUCAUACGGCCCGCGAAUCAUGCAUCAGUGCAAUAUCGCAGCCUCGGACCACCCUUCAAUGUAG